CGUCACGCCUUCGCGAGGCAUGCGCGUGUCUCCGUAACCCGCAGGGUGAUCAGAAUAGUGAUUGUAGCAAAGUAGUCGUAGCGUACUUCAUAUAUAUUUUAAAAUAGAACGUUGAAUUUCAUAGAACUGUUAUAGCGCUUGGGAAACGUAACUUGUAGCACUGGCGCGAGUGUGGAGCCCCCAGGGGGCCGUGGUUGCAGCCUGACGGAGCGAGUGGGUAGCGAGCGGGCCCCCCAAACCACCAGGCCACCAACAACAACCACCAGGCCACCAACAACAACCACCAAGCCACCAACAACAACCACUAACAACAACCACUAGGCCACCAACAACAACCACCAGGCCACCAACAACAACCACCAGGCCACCAACAACAACCACCAAGCCAACAACAACCACCAGGCCACCAACAACAACCACCAACAACAACCACCAGGCCAACAACAACAACCACCACCAACAGCCACCAACAACCACCAACAACAACCACCAAACCACCAACAACAACCACCAAGCCAACAACAACAACCACCACCAACAACCAACAAGCCACCAACAACAACCACCACCAACAACCAACAAGCCAUCAACAACAACCACCAACAACAACCACCAAGCCACCAACAAUAACCACCAACAACAACCACCAAGCCACCAACAACAACCACCAGGCCACCAACAACAACCACCAAACCACCAACAACAACCACCCAACCACCAACAACAACCACCAGACCACGAACAACCACCAAGCCACCAGACCAACAACAACAACCACCAGACCACCAACAACCACCAAGCCACCAGACCAACAACAACAACCCCCACACCAACAACAACCACCUAGCCACCUACAACAACCACCAGGCCACCAACAACAACCACCAAGCCACCAGACCACCAACAACAACCACUAGGCCACCAACAACAACAACCACCAAGCCACCAACAACAACCACCAGGCCACCAACAACAACCACCAAGCCACCACCAACAACCACCCAACCACCAACAACAACCACCAGGCCAUCAACAACCACCAAGCCACCAGACCAACAACAACAACCACCAGACCUACAACAACCACCAAGCCACCAGGCCACCAACAACAACCACCCAACCACGCCGACUGGGUUGGAGGUUGGAGGAGACCCAUGGUCGUCGCGUGAAACAUUCACAACUCUCGAGGACCGCUGCUCUCGCCGUGAUGAUGUCGGGGAAAGCGACGACGUCUCCGGCUGCCGGCGGCACUUUGUUCAUCCUGAACCAUCCCAAGUACAAGGAGCUCCUGGACUUGAAGGUGGCCGAGGAGAGCGAGGCAUUCACGACGCUUGUCGUUUACCUUGACCUACUGGAAGUGCGCUGCUGGACGGAGGUGAACACGGCGGCGGCGCGCGAGCUCGGCCUGCUGUACGUGACGGGCCGUCCGGCGGCGGGCAAGCCGCUCACCGUGGUGCUGCCCGUGUCCUCCCAGGCCUCCGUCAGCCACUGCCGGAUUCACGAGAUCAUGAAGCACACGUGCGUGGGCACGGAGCCGGCGAGCGUCACGCUGGCCAUCGCGGAGAGCGAUUCCACGGUGGUUUACUACCGGCUGACGGACGGCCUCGUCACGCCCGAGCCCCCCGACUGCGUCGAGGACAUGGACAACAAGCAGUGGAGGCGGCGCCGACGACGCCAGCAGCGCUGAAGCACAAGCCCAGAGCGUCGCCCUCGCACGGACAACGCCGCGGUGGGGGGGGACGGAUCCGCGCAACCCGGUGUGACGCACGCAGCGACAGAUUUGGCGUCGACGUGGGUGCGGCGCUGGCGGGUCAGAACAGUCGCCAGAUCUGAGCGACCCGCAUCCAAGGAGGCGCAACGGAAGCGCAGCGCUUUGGGAGAGAGUGUACGUGACGGCAAGCAAAAUUGGACCUGCAUUAAAGAGGCGUAAAACCUGCACGUGUCACCGCACCCAGGGAUGAGCCAUGCUUCGGGAUUUUAAGAGCAGAACAGAGGCAGGGGGUUUCACUGUGGUCUCGCGGAUACUGAGGAGGCAAGGGUAAAUAAUAGACUCGUAAUGAUUCAACGAUUGAAAUCAGUUUAUUAUGCUCGCGAUGCAGUCAAAUGGUGCAUUGAGGAAUCGACUAUGAUUUGUAAGCAUGAUGCUAAUGUACUUUUAGGUUCGAAGAAAUGGAACAUAAACGAUGCAAAACAUGCAAGAAAUACGGUGCAAAUGAGACAUUGCUAACAGGUCAAAUAAAGGAAUCAAUUCGUGAUCCCACAUUUUGAGGGCUCAGUCUCCAGGAGGGGAAGUGAAUCGUUGGAUGCCCAGUAAAUUGCACUGACCGGCCCACUAUUGCUUUUAAAUUCUGCUGAUAACCUGUUACGUUUGAAUACACUGCCACAUCAAUUAUUCCCCAAAAAACUACUUCCUAGAGAAUACUGAACAUGAAAUUGUUGAUUAUCAAUUUUUCAAUUCGGUUACGCAGUUUAGCUAUGUUGGGCAUUUUGUUUUACGCAACUGUAUAACUGUAUUCAACUUUCAUUUUCUAAUUGUUUCAUGUUUAAGUACUGAAGAUGCUUGACAAAUGUUUACGAUAAACUCACAUCUCUGUUACUCAUCGCAUUGCCUUCUGUUGACACUAAAUGGUGUUGCACUUUAGACGGUAUUUGUGAAGAUAGAAGUAACAAGCUGGGAAGAUAGUUAUUUAAAGGAGCUUAAUGCAUGUGUAGUGUCACAACUCCGGAGGCUUGUCUUGGAGGCACACUUAUUUAUUGUAACACACCGUACGGGAACUCAACGUAUACUAGCGUGCCUGAUACCAGUCACGCUCUCGUAUAACACACCGUACAGAAACACUACUUAUGGCUAGCGUCCCUCACACUGGUCAUGCUCUCGAGCCCUCCGGCUAUCCAUUACCGAGGGGAGGAUAUCUCUCUCCCGAGCCCUCCGGCUAACAAUUACCUAGGGGAGGCUAUCUGACCCGACCUAGCCAGGGUGCGGGUCCCAACCACUGGCCGCUCAGACCCGGCCCUGAUAAGGACGUCGGGUCAGGGGCUCCAGGGUCCUAGCUGAGCUGCUCCGUCUUCUGUCUUCGCUCCGUCUUCGUACUGGCUCCCGAACCUCUAGAGGUCCGUUAUCAACGCUUUUCCACCGAGGGGCGGGGCUGUGUGGGAUCCAAAACCACCCCGCAGCCCCCACCCGUUGGGAGGGGCUGUGUGGGAUCCUGGGACAUCCCACAGCCCCUCCUGCUCUGGGACUCGGGAUACUGCAACUGCCCCUGCAGGUACAGUGAGGGAAACAAGUAUUUGAUCCCCUCUCAAUCAGAAAGAUUUCUGGCACCCAGGUGUCUUUUAU